CCCCGCGUGCUAUGCAAUCUCUACGGUGUCUCAGGAGGGACCUGGUUCAUACUCGGAGCGAUAAUAACGCCACCUUUCAGUAGUUUGGUGACAAACGCGUUUAUUAUGCUUGAAAGCACAACAUCAAUGUAAAGCUAUUUCAAAGUAUGCUGGACAGGUUUUAUUUAUAUGCAUACACAUUGCAAUACAUGUUGUUAUUAUUUUACUGUUUUAAGAAGUAUUUAGUGGUCGAAUAUAGGGACUAAUGUUAUUCUGAGAUUAUUCUUGAGUCCAAUUUAUUGGUUGUACUGUACUAUAUUUAUAUUUUUGCUGAAUUUCAUUUAAUUAUCAGUUAUUGUGCAGAUUAACUUUUUAAAUAUCAAACAUGAUCUUGUAUUCUGCAUUGUUAUAGGUGUAACUAGGCUACCUGUUAUGGAGAGCAUAUCCUAUACAAAUAUGAAUAUUAGCUCCUACUCAGCAUACUUUAAAGGUAAUAAUAAAGUUCUACACGUUAAUAAAGCAGUAAUUAUAUUCUGGUAAUGAAUAACACUUUGAGAUGGUAUUUUUUCAAGUAUUUUUGUUGUUGUCGCAAUAAAGAGUUUUAUUUUAAAACACCCUAAAAAACUACAAAUUGAAUUUCCCCUUCCGUUAAUCUGACGUCACUGUUCCCAUGGCAGCCUGAUGGCAGCCCGGUCGUCUCCAUGGAAACGGAACAAGCGUCAACAAAAGCAACAGUCCAUACGAUCACUAAUGGAAAAGCUACAUUUACAUAUUCAACUUUUUUUUAAGGAUAUUUCUUAAACUAUUUGACCUGUUUCUGUUUCGAGGGGGUGGUCGUGCCUUUUUUCUAAGAAACAAUAAGCCAAAAGUAACUUGUUUUUCUUCUGAAUGGAGUUUGCUGGAGCAUCAUCGCUGCAGCACCUACAGGCUCUGUCCAACUUGUUAUCAACCCAGCAGGAGGAUGAAGAUGAUGAAGACUGUAAAAAUAUCAACGCUUGUGCCCGGCUUGGUCCUGGACAAGUUGGUCCCCCACCCAAAACAGAUAAAGAAGUGUCUACUGCCUAUGUGAAGAGAACGAGCAAAGAUAUCUGGAGCGAGGAAGAGGUGGCUGAGGGCUGCCAGUAUGAAGACGAUAAUGACCCGCGCCCACAGCCUGAGUAUGAUAUAAUCCUGAAGCAGAGUGUCGGAACAGAGGAUAUCUUCCUUGGCUUGAAUGGAAAAGACCCAUCCUCCAUGUGCUGUGAAUCAAUGCUGGUGAAAAUCAAACUACCAGACACUAAAGCAACAAGUGUGGUCCUGGAUGUAAAAGAGAAGUUCCUUGAUCUGCGGACACUUAAAUAUAAACUCGGUCUUCAUCUCCCACAUCCGAUCCACAGCCACGAGGGAAAGGCUCAGUUCUUCAGUGAGAGGGAGGAACUGGAGGUGACUCUACUGAUCAAACGACCCAUGGAUUUUAUCAACAUGCCUUAAGAAAGAGUGACUACAGCCAACACGUAUUUGAGAGACGUAGAGGAGAUUGAUGUAUAUUUUAAUGCUGUUUUCUACACAUGUCUCCUUUUAUUCCAUGAGUAAUAAAAUAUGUUUU